UUCACACAUCCAAGCACACCUUCACAUGCAGAUGAGGUCGACUGCAGGCGAGCAUUUGAAGCAGAGCCGCUUGCGACUCAUUCAGAGCCGGGGGAUAGCUUGUUCCUGUUCGCGGAGCGACAGGUUAUCUCGUGCAAGGAGAAGCCUCCAGCCGCCUCAGCGUCCGUUUGCGGAAAACCAUUGAGGGCCCCCCUCAACCCCUUAACAACACCACCACCUCGCUCGUCUCCACCGCACGAGCGCCUGAGUCGAUGUUCAACUCCAUGCAUUCUCAUUCCCUCAUCUAAGCGCCAAAUUUUAUCCGCCGACGCCGAGAUGGAAAACGCGCACACCAAAGCGGCGAGUGAAGUUUUAGACUUUUUCGGCGUGAAUGAAAACACCGGACUGACUCAGGAACAAGUGAAAGUGCAAUUGGAGAAAUAUGGGCCGAACGAGCUCCCUGCUGAAGAAGGAAAGUCCCUGUGGGAACUCGUGUUGGAGCAGUUUGAAAACCUUCUGGUCAGGAUCCUGCUUCUCGCUGCCUGUGUCUCCUUCGUGUUGGCUUUGUUUGAGGAGGGGGAGGAGACAGCCACCGCCUUUGUUGAGCCUGUCGUCAUCCUCCUUAUCCUCAUUGCGAAUGCUGUCAUUGGUGUCUGGCAGGAACGAAAUGCUGAGAACGCCAUUGAGGCGCUAAAAGAGUACGAACCCGAGAUGGGUAAGGUGUACCGCAUGAACCGUAAGGCUGUGCAGAGAAUCAAAGCCAGGGACAUCGUUCCAGGAGACAUCGUAGAGGUGGCGGUUGGUGACAAGGUUCCAGCCGACAUCAGGUUGACCUCUGUUAAGUCCACCACCUUGAGAGUGGAUCAAUCCAUCCUCACAGGGGAGUCUGUGUCCAUCAUCAAACACACUGACCCAGUUCCUGACCCCAGAGCUGUGAAUCAAGACAAGAAGAACAUGUUGUUUUCUGGCACCAAUAUCGCUGCGGGCCGGGCUAUAGGCGUCGUUGUGGCGACCGGAGUUGCCACCGAAAUCGGCAAAAUCCGCAAUCAGAUGGCGUCAACAGAACAAGAAAAGACGCCGCUGCAGCAAAAGUUGGAUGAGUUCGGCGAGCAGCUCUCCAAGGUCAUCUCCCUCAUUUGCGUGGCUGUGUGGGUAAUCAAUAUCGGUCACUUUGCGGACCCCGUCCACGGUGGCUCCUGGAUGCGGGGAGCAAUCUAUUACUUUAAGAUAGCAGUGGCCUUGGCCGUGGCUGCCAUCCCCGAAGGCCUGCCUGCCGUCAUCACCACUUGCCUGGCCCUCGGAACCCGUCGCAUGGCCAAGAAGAACGCCAUCGUGCGGAGUCUGCCCUCAGUGGAGACCCUCGGCUGCACCUCUGUUAUCUGCUCUGACAAGACGGGGACCCUCACCACCAACCAAAUGUCCGUCUGUAGAAUGUUCGUGGCGGACAAAGUGCAGAAUUCCAGCUGCACCUUGCAUGAGUUCUCGAUAACAGGAUCCACAUAUGCACCUGAAGGGGAAAUACUGAAAGGAGACCGGUCAGUCCAGUGUGGAGACUAUGAUGGACUUUUGGAGUUGGCCACUGUGUGUUCCAUGUGCAAUGACUCUUCAUUGGAUUACAAUGAGGCCAAAGGCAUGUACGAAAAAGUGGGGGAAGCCACAGAGACGGCUCUUACCACCUUGGUGGAAAAGAUGAAUGUCUUCAAAACGGACCUUUCCGGACUCAGCAAGGUGGAGCGUGCUGGGGCCUGCAACUCGGUGAUCAGGCAACUGAUGAAGAAGGAGUUCACCCUGGAAUUCUCUCGCGAUCGCAAGUCCAUGUCCGUCUACUGCACGCCUGUCAAGCCAGGCUCUCAGAGCAAGAUGUUUAUCAAGGCAUGGGAGAAUCGUACAAUUCAAGAAUUUCUUUUUCCUUUCUAUCACAUUCUAAUGUCUCUUUUUGCCUGUAUAGUCAGUUGUAGUCUUUUUCAACAGGGUGCUCCAGAGAGCGUGAUCGAGCGUUGUCAAUACAUGCGUCUGGGAACCGGGAAGGUGGCACUGACGCCGGCCUUGCGUGAGCAGCUCAUGUCCAAGGUCCGUGACUGGGGAACGGGGCGGGACACCCUGCGCUGCUUGGCUCUGGCUACCCGUGACAACCCGCCACGCAAGGAGGACAUGGACUUGGAGAAUUCCAGCAAGUUUGUGGACUAUGAGUUAAGCCUCACAUUCAUCGGCUGUGUGGGCAUGCUAGACCCGCCGAGAAACGAGGUGAUAGGCUCGGUGAAACUCUGCAAUGAAGCAGGUAUUCGUGUGAUCAUGAUCACGGGGGACAACAAGGGCACAGCGGUGGCCAUCUGCAGGCGCAUCGGCAUCUUCGGCGAGAAGGAGGACGUGGCGGGAAAGGCCUACACCGGCCGCGAGUUUGAUGAUCUUUCACCGGAAGCCCAGAAAGAGGCUGUGAAACACGCACGAUGUUUCGCACGAGUGGAGCCGGCUCACAAGUCCAAGAUUGUUGGCUACCUGCAGUCCUUUGAGGAAAUCACCGCCAUGACCGGAGAUGGCGUGAACGAUGCCCCCGCCCUGAAGAAAGCCGAGAUCGGCAUCGCAAUGGGCUCGGGUACAGCGGUGGCCAAAUCAGCCUCCGAGAUGGUACUCUCUGAUGAUAAUUUCUCCACCAUUGUGUCUGCUGUGGAGGAGGGCCGGGCCAUCUACAACAACAUGAAGCAGUUCAUCAGAUACCUCAUUUCCUCCAAUGUGGGCGAAGUCGUGUGCAUCUUCUUAACCGCCAUUCUGGGUCUCCCUGAGGCUCUGAUACCAGUCCAGUUGUUGUGGGUCAAUCUGGUGACCGAUGGUCUGCCUGCCACCGCUCUAGGCUUUAACCCCCCUGACCUGGACAUCAUGGACAAACCUCCACGUAAUCCCAAAGAACCUCUCAUCUCAGGAUGGCUUUUCUUCCGCUACUUGGCCAUUGGAGGCUAUGUGGGUCUGGGGACCGUGAGUGCCGCCACAUGGUGGUACCUGUUUGAUGAAGAAGGGCCACAAGUGUCUUUUUAUCAGCUGCGACACUUCAUGCAGUGCACUGAGGAGAACCCAGUGUUUCAGGGAAUCGAUUGUGAGGUGUUUGAAUCCCGCUACCCCACCACCAUGGCCCUCUCCGUACUGGUUACCAUUGAAAUGUUCAAUGCGCUCAACAGUUUGUCCGAGAACCAGUCCCUUCUGCGAAUGCCUCCCUGGGUCAAUAUUUGGUUACUGGGAGCCAUUGUCCUUUCUCUCUCCCUCCACUUCUUAAUCCUUUAUGUUGAGCCUAUGCCACUGAUCUUCCAGGUGACCCCUCUGCGUUGGUCUCAGUGGACCGUGGUCCUGAAAAUUUCAAUCCCCGUCAUCCUCCUGGAUGAGGCACUAAAAUAUAUUUCCAGGCAUUACCUUGAAGCCUAAAUUCUUAUCUUCCCUUCUAUGGAAAGGUGAUGAUGAGAGGAAGUACCGGAGGAAAUGGCAGCAGAAUUAAGUCGUCUCCCUCCAACGCGCUCACAGUUAGACACAGGCUUUCCUUCUUCCCUUUUACAAGCAACAACCCCCUACUCAUCAUUCCGUGUCGGAUGAACCACCACUACAGUCAAGAGGCGUGCCUGAGGAAAAACAAACAAACAAAAAAAAGCUGCUGCAAUCUUUGGCUUGAAUGUGAGCGAAUGCCGGAAAAAAAACAUGUGUGCAGUGACUUUUUUUUUUUCCCAGUGGAAUGAAGAUUGAUAAUGCAAGGUGGGUGGGGUGAGGUGUUAAAAGCAGGAAAAUAAGCCCUAAACUCUGAAAUGGCGUGUGGAAAAAUGUGGCUCUUGGGCUGCUGUUUGUGUGUCGGGUCACUGUCGAGAACUACCGAACCUGUGCGUCUUUGUGUCCGCGUGCGCGUCCCGCGAUAAUCUGGUAGUACUGCCCGAGCUUCUGCAAAUCACUUUUCUAGAAGUAGUGUGAUGUAUCUCUUGAUCUCAAGGUCAUCACAGGAAAGCUUUCCUGGUCACUCUUCAUCUCUUCCCCCUCAACACAGAGCUCAGCUGUCUUGAGCUUGCGCCACUUUUUUUCCGGUGCUUUAUUUGCGGGCCCACCUUCAAAACUCGGCGAGAAAAAAUCUAGUUAGAUGAUAAAAGCUAAAAGGUCAAACUGCAGUAAAACCUGUGUAUUAGUUGUGUCUUUGUCAUUUGGCUCUUUUAAUUAAUAAUAAUUCUGUCUGUUUGUGUGUGUGUGUAAAUGCGCGAUAACCUUGACAGCUGACAUUCUCUCAACUUUUUUUUUUUAAUGCAUAAGCUCAACUGGUCCAUGUUUCAAUAUUUUUGGCGAUGUUUUUUUUUUUUUUGCUUUCUCUGAAAAGAACUGAAUGGGAACAGGUUGUCGGAGGACAUCGUCCGCGAUACCUUUUUGUGAUUCUUGCCGUCUUUCCGUGUCUGUGUUGCAACCCCUCGGUGACACUCGAAGCUUACUGGCACUUCACUCUAAGCUUAUUCUAUGAGAGCGUUGUUCGAAGUUCAGAACUGUGAGGUCCUGUCAAUCAAAUCAAAUGAGUGGAUUUGUUUCGGAAACGUUGUCGUAUUUUAACAUUCAGCUCCUUCGUAGAGAACAAGGCAAAAAGGAAAACAUUGACAAGUUGGAUAUUUGCAUUCAAAGGUUUCGGGAAGAUUACAUGAAAUGCAGCUGUCAAGAUUAUUGGGCACUUUUAGUUCAUCCUGUUCAUCGCUAACAGUUUUCGGAGUGGUGUGGCCCGUAAUCUGGUUGACGUUUCAGGCUCUGAGUUGAACGUAUUGGACAAUAUAAGUUCAAGAAUGGCAAGUAGACAGCUUGAUUGCCUCAAAAGUACGUAUUGAAUCACACCAGGCCUUAUACAGCCCCACUGCAACUCCACUUGGACCAAGUGGUGAAAAUGAAUGUCUUAGGAGCCCUUAAUGAUGUUUCUGCCCACCGCGACCAUUCCUGUGUUCCCCUAAAAGUCAAAUGUUGAUCAUGAGGUUCAAAAGCUUUUGCCGCGUGUGCUUGGUGCGCUACUCUUUCGCUUCUCCUAUGUUCUCAAGUCUUUUAGAAACUCAAAGGGUCCAUGUUUUAGAUAAUUCAAUAAUGUAUUUGAAAGAACACGCACGGUUGAGAUUGUGUCUUUUAGCUCUAAAUUAUUGGUUUCGUGUCGGGUCCGGAAGCUCUGUGGACUGGGUCACAGUGGUUGGCUGCAUGUUUGUUUCAUUUUUUUUUUCCUUCAUCUCUUUGCUCCACUUGCCGAACACGCACCCAGAAAAAAAAUUGCCGAAAACGGUGCAAGUGUUCCUAAUGAAUUUGUUUCGAUCUCUUAAAAAAUCAAUCAAUCAAAUAAAAAAUAAAAUAAAAUCUUUUGAACACCAAGAAGAGAAAGUGUGCUCGGAACCACAUGCUCCGAUGUCCUGGUUUUCCCAUCGUUCGCCAACCUCUGGCCACCGGGCCCCAUCGAGGUCUAUAAAUGUUUAUUUACUACUGAAUCCUCAAUUCUGUACAGAAGAUGAAUAUAUGAUUGCAUGGAAUCAUGUUACUGUAAUAAUAACCUAUACAGUAUAUCGAUUGUUUGGGGAGUAUCAAUGAAAGUACCCCCCCCCCCCCCCUUUUUUUUUUGGCACUUCUUUGGAUUUUGUAGAAUAGAGAGUUUUUUCUUGAUCCUUUUUUGUUUGGCUUUUACAUUUGAGUUUUUGUGUGGUGACUGUGUGAGAAGCAUACAAUGUCAAGUUUGAGAAUCAUUACGCUGAUUGAUUGACAAUGACGGUGAUCGUUUCAGUUUGUCGGUGUGACAACGAUCGAGAAUUCGUGUAAACGCUGGUUGACGAUGAGCAAGAAGCAGUCAAGGAUUCUGGGUAGUUAAAUUGUGUGGCUGUACAGUGAAGGGCUUGGUGUAGAUAUAAGCAGGCUCUGGAGACGAAUGGCCCAUCCUGAGAAAUUGAACUCAUUGAUGGGACCGCCAUCAUGGUGCACCGACCAUCUCAGAUAACCUUGUUGUCUCACAGUAGUGUGGCGAUCAUGUUCAUAUCCAUAACAAGUCACAAUUUAAAUCGAUAAAAGUCUCGAGAGCCUGACUUUCAACUGAAAAACGGAAAAAGAUUGUCUGUAUUGCCUUGUUAAUAUUGAUUGUGGUCACAUAAUUUUUAUAAAUAACGAAGACGUGGAAAUAAAGAUUAUUUAUCUUA